AUGAAAUGGGUCGCCUCAUUCUCACAUUUGGAUGAGGAGACAGGCUCAAAGAUGGACCUGCAGAACCUGGCGACAGUCAUCACACCAAAUAUCCUGAAACCUACCCUCUUGUUGGGCGAAACCCCUCCCAACAAGAGGGUAUUUAUCCCAGAUCGUCAGGAGGAAUCCCUCCCAGCAAGCUGGAUUGUGUACCAGAUCGCCGGGAGGGAUUCCUCCCGACAAGCUGGUGGACAAGCUACCCUCUUGACCACUGAUCAUUGA